CAUUCCACUAACUGCUCAGUUUGCUUGAGGUGGCCGCGAAUGACGGACGCGUGUGGAAACCGUAAAGACCGCGAGCGCGCGAGUUUUAGUGAGAGUUGACAUCAACGCAAAGGGAAGAAAGGCAGCUUGUGGUGGUGUCGUGUCGACAAGUGUCUGUGAUCUUAUAACAUGCAACAUGUGAGGAUCUGAGCCGAGUGACAACGAUAUAAUCCAUCUAAUCGCGUAUGCUGACGAGUGGUGAAUGUGUGAUCUAAGCAAGAAGGAAAUUUAAUUGUGAGUGAAUUGCCAGAAAAGAGAAAUUUAAUUAGUGUGAGAAGGCAGGAGGGAGUGAAAAACAGAAUUGAAGAGCGCUCCGCGGUGUAGGUGAAGAAGAUGAUGUGGAAUCCGAACUACGGUUACAUGAGCCCAACGCGGCAAUUCAGUGCAUCGAAGACGACUUCGUUGCUAAUUGCAGUGCUCUUUUUCCUGGGAUCUAUCAAUAAGGUCACGUCCCAGGAUGCAGAAUUCGCUCCGCACGUAACGGCCACGUGCAAAUCGGGAUCUAUGAACAUCAGAAUUCAAUUCACCACUCCUUACAACGGUGUGGUCCACGCGAGGGAUUAUCGAUCUCCAGCUUGUAUGACUUUCGGAAACGGAUCGGCCGUGGUCGGACUGAGUCUCAACUUGUUGGCCAAACAAGGCAACAGCGAAUACUGUGGUAUUCUAGUCAGCAACGUGAGCGGUGGAGAGGAACCGGAACCGGGAUUCAAUGUUGGCGCCAUUUUGAAAUCCACGAUGGCGGCUUCCGGUUAG